AUUUACAAAAAGAUAUAAACAAAUAAUUAGAAAGUUUGAUAAAAGAUUACAAUUUGCUACUUCGUUCGUAAAUUUAACGAAUUGAAAUAAAAAUCAUACGAAAGUAACGGAUUACGUGCGUUACGUUGAAUUUCUAUUAUGAUUUAAGUAUGUUAGGUUAGUUACAUGGUACAUGACAUCAACUAACCUAACUUACAGAGCUUACCUAACCAUCCAACAAUUUGUCCGGAAAUGCACUCGAAAAAAGAGAAUAAUUGUAUGUCACGAUAUUUAAAAUAAGUCAUUUUGAAAAUGGUUUUAUGUUGUGCUUGUCGAUACACGAGAAAUAUACGAAAGAGUUAUUAAAAUUGACAAAAUUAAAAGCGACGAAUGUUUCUCAAAUUCGAAGUCAGUAUAUAGCGGGAGAGUCCAAUAUCGUUGGAAAAUUCAAAUAAAUUAAAAAUGGCCGCCUGUCAAACAAUUAAAAUGUUUCAACAUGUAAACAUUGUAAACUAAAGUCAAAGGUACAAGUACAAUCGAAAACAACGUAGAGUAGCGUUUCACGAUGCAUAUCAGAAUGAGUGUACGUAUGAGAAGAACAGUUUGCUGCGGAAUCGUGAUGUUGUUGAGUGUAUUUUACUUGUAUACAAAUCGAAACCUGUACACAAAUGUACGUGACAAAAAUGUCUCGUUAAAGUUACUUCUUGCUGCUGCUAUAAAAGCAGCCGAACUUGGCGGUUCCGAAGUAAUAGCGGUACACGAUCAAGUCAAAUUUGAGAUAGAGAGCAAAGGUGAAACAAAGGAAGGUGUGAAUGAUCCAGUCACAGAAGCAGAUUACAGAUCGCACUGUGCUAUGUACCAUUCUUUGGUAGAGGCAUUUCCUGGUGUAACAGUAAUAUCAGAGGAAACAUCAAAAGAUUGUGAUAAAGUUACUGUGUCAGAUGUAAAAGACUCUAUUAAUAAUUUAAUCGAUUAUAAUAUUAAGGACGAAAUUGUGAAUACAAAUGACAUUACAAUUUGGAUCGAUCCCCUUGAUGCAACUAAAGAAUUUACAGAAAAUUUGUUGCAAUACGUUACAACAAUGGUCUGUGUUGCUUUUAAAGGAAAGCCUAUAAUAGGUGUUGUAUAUAAGCCAUUUGAAACAAAACAAAACUCCAGUUUGUUUUGGACGUGGACCAAUCAUGGAAUAUCACGAAAUUUACAAGUACUACCAAAGUUGGAAGAUGACAAACCACCGAUUUUGAUUGUAUCGCAAUCGCAUGCUGGCCAAGUUCACAAUGUUAGCAAAAUUGCAUUUGGUAAAGGUAUCGAGAUUGUUUCUGCAGCUGGUGCUGGCUACAAAUUUUUAGAAGUUGCAAGCGGUAAUGUAUCUGCAUACGUUCACAUGACAGCCAUAAAAAAGUGGGAUAUCUGUGCAGGAACCGCGAUCCUUACCGCUCUUGGGGGUAUGGUUACGCAAUUGUUCGACCAGCAAAUUAUAGGUUUCGGCCCCAAUGAUUCCAAAGUACUUACACAGGGUCUUCUAUCUACUAUGAGUAAUCAUGCUUGGUAUUUAGAUAAAUUUUCAAAUAUCUAAUAUAAAAUAUGUCCUCAAAUGUAAUGAUAAGCUUCGAAAUUCUUCCUGUAAGGAUACUAAACAAAUCUUCCAUGUUGUAAAAAUUUGAUAUCAGAAAAUAAUUCAUGCGAAUAAUUUAAAACUUUUAUUUACGAAUCCUUAUACGAAGUUUUUGUUUUUAAUUGAAUGUUCCUCAGUAAAUGUGUUCUGUACAACAAUUUUAUACUGUAGACAAUUACCAUUAUACUGUUUGUUGUUAUCAACACAUUCUUAAUUUUA